AAGCAAAGAUUUGCGUCACUUCCGCCGUUUCUCAGCAAUGGCGGCCUCCACCGCUAAAGACAGCACGAGUGGAGCCCAAACAGCUAAAAGCCCUAAAAAGACCAAAGUUCCAGUGGAUGAAUCUGAACUCCUGACUGUUCCUGAUGGGUGGAAGGAGCCAGCGUUCACCAGAGAGGACAACCCCCGCGGGCUGCUGGAGGAGAGCAGCUUCGCCACGCUGUUCCCCAAAUACAGGGAAGCUUACCUGAAAGAGUGCUGGCCGCUGGUGGACAAGGCUCUGGGAGACUUGCACAUCAAAGCCUCUCUAGACUUGAUCGAGGGAAGUGUCACCGUGAGCACCACCAAGAAGACAUUCGAUCCGUACGCCAUUGUGAAAGCCAGAGACCUCAUUAAGCUGCUGGCGAGGAGCGUUCCUUUUGAGCAGGCUGUCCGCAUAUUACAAGAUGAUGUGGCCUGUGACAUCAUAAAAAUCGGCACUAUGGUGAGGAACAGAGAGCGGUUUGUAAAGCGGAGGCAGCGGCUGAUUGGCCCCAAGGGCUCCACCUUAAAGGCAUUAGAGUUGUUAACCAACUGCUAUGUGAUGGUGCAGGGCAACACUGUGUCAGCACUAGGGCCCUUUAAUGGCCUAAAAGAGGUACGCAAAGUGGUAAUGGACACCAUGAAGAACAUCCACCCCAUCUACAACAUCAAGACGUUGAUGAUCAAACAGGAGCUUUCUAAAGACCCAGACCUGCGGACGCAGAACUGGGAACGCUUCCUGCCCAAGUUCCGCCACAAGAACCUCUCCAAGCGCAAGGAACCCAAGAAGAAGAGCGUGAAGAAGGAGUACACCCCGUUCCCUCCUCCACAGCCAGAGAGCAAGGUUGAUCAGGAGCUUGCCUCGGGUGAAUUCUUUUUGCGUGAAAGUGUGAAAAGGAGGAAGAAGAUGGGGGAAAUUAAGGUCAAACAAGCAGAAGCGCUGACCAAGAAGCAAGAAGAGCGGAACAAAGCUUUCAUUCCUCCCAAAGAGAAACCGUUAAUGACGAAGACGGCUAAAGCUCCUACAGAAGGAAAACUGGACAUCGCAGCCAUCAAGGAGAAAGUGAAGAAGGCCAAAACGAAAAAACUGGGAGCUCCACCUGUGAUCCCUCCUCCGCCCACCAGCAGCACCACAGACAAAAAGAAGAGAAAAACUAAAGACAAAGGCUAACACCUCACCAAGUCCAUCAUAUAAACAUGUACUAUAUGACUAGUAAUUGUUGGACAGUCAGGGUGUACCGAGAGAGGACUGGAAGGGUUUAAAUUCUUCCCAGAUGUCAGGAUGCAAAGUGUUAGAGAUGAUGUACAUAAAUGUUUCUUCCUUUCUUGUCUUCAUUUCUUUAUUUCGACAGUUUUGGACAGAUGUAAUUUCUUGUUUUUGCUUAGACUGUGUCACUGAGGAUGCCAAGUCACUCAUAAAUGUAAAAUUAAAGUAUUUUUUAUGAUAUGAA